AUGUUGCGUGAGCUUCGCCGCCGCAAGCAGCAGGUCGCGGACAAGAUCGGCCACGAGGAGUACAUCUACCGACUCAACGGUGACCCUUUUAGCGGCCAGCAGGAAAUACACGUACGCCCGCAAGGCAACUUCGACCCUCGCAGGGGUGCCGGCGCAGGCGGUGGUGGUGGUGGUGGCGGCGGCGUUCGACCGCCCUUUGCGGUGGACGGCGACGACGACGGUGGCGGUAACCGCGGCAACGGUCGCCGUGCUGCUCCGCUGAACCCCAUCACAGGGGCUCCCGCGGCCGGGGCCGGAGGAGGGGGCUGCAACAACGCCGAUAAUAAUGCCGGUGCAGCCCUGGUCCCACUCCGCCGUGACAACAACAACCCAAAUCAAAAUUACGUUUCCCCGUACGGGGCGCCAGCGGUGGGCAACCAUUAUAACGGAGGCGGCGGGUACCCCGCAGCGCUGCAGCCCGUCGUGAGCGCCUUCGCGCCUGUCAUGCCACCGAUCGCACCGGUCGGGGAGUUGCCAGGCCCGCUGCCCCCCGUCUUCCGACCGAAGCCGCCCCUCACGUUCCACACCAACGGCCUUGGCCCAUCCUUUCCUGUUCCACCGCCGGUGUACUACGCUGGAGGUGGGGGCGACAACAACGGCUGCCCUGCUGCUCCGAUGCCGAACUACGGACCCUAUAAUAAUAACAACGGCGGCGGUGGUGGCCGCGGGGACGGCGCGCGGCCGAAUACAAGCCCCACGGUGCUGCCCCCCAUCGCGCCGAACCGUGCCGGGGGAGCUGGAGGGGGGAUGGACCACGACGGCAACAAUAUGAACCCCAGAGGUGGUCGUAGCCCACGCCCCAGCACCAGCGGUGCCCCCGCCCCCGCCGGCAACCUCAUCGUCGGCAGCAGCGGCCUCUCUGAGGUGGAGGAGCGCUACCGUGAGAAGAUGGCGGCGCGUCAGCGAGCAAUCGAGCUGCAGCAGGAGAAUGCACGUCAGAUGCUGGAGCAGCAGCAGCGUAAGCAAGCGGAGCGGGAGCGGGAGAUCAAAGAAGAUCGUGAGGCGGAGAACCGGCUGCGGCGGGAGCGCGAUGAAGUGGCGCGCCGGGAGCAGGCCGAGGUCGACCGCGAAAGGCGCGAGCGGGAGGUGAAGAUGAUGGGGCCCGACGCGGCGGCGGCGGCGCUGGAGAGGGAGCGGGAAGAGACGGCGGCCCGGCGGGAGGCGGAGGCGGCGGCACGGCGCAACAAGGGCAAGUCGUCUCCCACAUCACCGCAGCCGAAGGGGGACGAACCCUCUGUGAAUGCAGCACCGUCUGAGGCGAAUAAAGCGUCGGACACACCACCGAGGUCCAAGAGCAGCGACGCGGAGGCUACGCCAGCGCCGCCUCAACCAACUCCCAUCGAUCAGCGCAACCCCAUCAGCUUCAGCUCCGCCUUCCGCCCUGCUCCACCACCGGUUCUGCCAACGCAGCCGGAGAUGCACGCCGCGCAGCAGUACUUCGCAGGCAUCGGCCUGGGCGGUGCGGGCUUCGCUCUCCCACCCCCUGCCCCUCCCCCGUCGCCCACGCCCCUCUCCUACGCCACGAACCCGUACGUCCUGCAGCAACGACAGCAGAGCAUUCACUUAGAGAGCAAUGUGAUUCACGAGGAGCUGCGGCACAUCGCCCUGCUGCUAGAGGCCCAGCAGCUGAACAGCGCCAUCGCACACAACACCCCACCACCGCCGCAGCUGUGGGGGGCGGGAUCGCUGCCGUCGAGCGCGGCAGGGGCGGGGACGUACCUCACGACCGGUCUGCCCUCCCCCGUGUACAAUGUUACCCAUAACAACAGUAAAGGAGGAGGUGCUGCUGCGGGCCUUCAUCAGCCGGGCAGCGGCGGGCUUCGAAGUUCUCCGGCGACUCCAGGCUCCUCACCGUCUUACGCGUCCAACGGUGGUACUCCCUACCGUUCCUUUAUGGCGGGUGGGUCGCUGCCGCCGCCGCCGCUGGCCACCGCCGUCCCCCCACUUCUAGCCUCCUCGUUGCCAUCCGCGCAGUACGCCGCAGCCCGCUCAUCGGCCACCGCCUUCACGCCGGGCGGUCAGGGUGGGGCUCCGUGGCAGGGUCUCUUCUCCGCCUCGGCGGCCUACCCCAGCAACGGCAACUAUGCCAAUAACAGUUUUCUUGGCAGUUACCGCGGCGACGGUGGCGACUCGGAGCUCGGGAUUGAGCCGUCGCACUUCGUCAUGCCAGCCGCCGCGCCGCCAGCGUCUUUUAUCCCUGCUGUUGCUCUUGCGGCUCCUCUUCCAGAAGCGGCAGCGGCAGCCGCUGCUGCUCCGAAUGCUGCGGCGAAUGGGCCGUCCGCCUCGUCUUCGAUGGGAGACCUCACCUCCCCCACCCAGGCAGGCUCAAAGGAACGGCCAGGGACGGGGAAACCGGCCAGCUCCCCCUCUCCUGUUCUUCCUGUCCCUCUGCCUCUCUCUUCGGCUGCUGCUGCUGACCCGCCGGCUGAAAAGGCAGAGAAAUCCGAUGCGACGUCCACGACGAUCUUCAUCAGCGCCCCCGCGGCGGCGGCGCCUGUUGCUGCUGACUCGUUGGACAUGGAGCUGGGACCAGGCCCUGCGCCGGCGAUGGCGAGUGAGGAGUCCUCGGUGCGCGGCGCCACUCCGCUGGCGGCAGCAGCGACGGAGGCGACGGAGAUGUUGAAAGCGGGCAAGCAGACGAGGUCGGAGGCUGCUGGACGGCCCCCUGCACCAUCAUCGCGGCCUCCACGCGCAGCCGUUAUGGAACCGCCGGUGGUGAUCUUGACGCCACGGUCGAAGGAAGAGGAGGCGAAGGAGGAAGAUGAACUGUGA